CUAUAAUUUGUUAUACGUACACAGAUUGGUAAAAAGUUUACACAAUAUUGAAUGACGCGAUGUCGUUGACCCUUAUUUUUUGUCACGCCCCCUAGCAACAGAUUGAUUACACAUGGCCACCUCUGGGAAAAGUGUUUCUUUCUAACGUAAGCAAAUUUGUGCUGUGCUGUUUGUCUCUCUCGUGUGAUUCUCUUCUUUUAAUUCAUAAUGUAAUGAUGAGUAAUGAUAUCUUUUUUUUUUUGCGAAAGACAUUGUCAAUAUUUUUUUUUUAUUUCAACAUUUAAAGGUCGUAAUUUAAUAUUUUUAUACUAUAUGCAUGGUGAAUGAGAAACAUGGUUUUGAAUUUUUAAUGAUUUAAAAGAAAAUUAUUAAUAGGCAUGGUUUAUAGUUUUAUUUACCAAAGUGUAGAUCCAACCAUAUGAAAUAACUACUAUAAAUACUAAUAUAGAACAGAAUGUGAAAUCUUAGAAAUUUAUAUUCUUGAAGUGGUGAUCAAAAGUAACUUCUCAGAGUGUUUGCUUAAUGACAUACUAGAGUCACAUGGAUGUGUGAAAUAAUUUGCCAUUGAAGGAUUUCUAUCAUAUUUUGAUGCUGUCCUUUGAUUUAUUCAAUCAUCUUCCACAAAUAUAUAUGUAUACAUACUACAUACGUAUAUAUAUAAAAAGCAUGCACAAAGUUCUAGAAACUUUUUACAAGGAAACAUGGUUAAUGAAUAAUAGAGAUACAAAAAGUUGUUUGGCAUAGAGAGUAUAGCUUUUAGACGGCAUGUGCAUGUAUAUCCGUGCAUGAUUUACUAUUGUACAUACAUAUAUAUAAUAAAGAACAUAAAAAUUCCCAUAAAUUGCCUAAAUUUACAGAAUCUCUUCAUUGUGGAAGUACUAGUACAAUUUCACUAACAGAGUUUCCUAAUAUGUUUUCUGUGUGCAGUUAAUUGUUUAGUGUGCACUGAAGAUGGCAGUUGCCAUGGAAACACAGCACCUUCCGGCAUUGCAACUCUCAGCACCAACACAAAGUAAAAAAACAGAAGCAAUGCCCAAACACACUCUUUUUGGCACUGCUUUGGAGGUUUUUGACCCAGAUGAGCGAGACGCAAUAAAAAAUAUUGACCUUAAGACCCAAAGAGUACCAAGUGGCCGAAAAUAUAUACAACAUUAUGUGGUUCCUGAGUUUGUCAAAACUCAUUUAAAAGGAAAAAGUCUUGUAAUAGAGAAAACCAAGAAGGAUAUUGAAAAGCAGAAAUCUGCUGUAACAUCUGCCAGGAAAUCUCUACAAGAAGCAGAGGAAAGUGCCAAGAAAUUUGAGAUGGAUGUAUAUCACGGAAUGAGGGAGGGGGACCCAACCCCUCGACAAAAGCUGCUGAUGACGACGGAGGCCGCAAACAUGGUUAAACAAAUGAACAGAGUGGGGCUCAAUGAAAGGAACAGUUACAACAGAGACAAAUACGGCCCUAAGCCAAGUGUUCAUAGCUAUAGUAUGAUGGGAGAUGUCAUGCGUCCGAGAAAUAUGGAACUUCCCACCAGAAGGGAGAAUUCAGAUUACCAACUGAAAAAGAAGGAAAAAAUAGAGACAGUUCUCCCACUGGGGCCCCAGGACACUCACCCAUCGGCAAGAGGGUCAAGGUCAGCUUCAAGGAGCCUUGCUGUUGAUUUGCCAGAAAAUAUUCGUCAUCAAUUUGGUAGCAAAAUUUGUGACUCUUUACUUAGUGAUGAAAAAGUGGUAGAGAAAACCAUGCAGAAACAGCAGGAAGACAAAGAAGCUGCAUACCGAGUACGGAAAUCGGUUUCCGUUCCAACAAUCGAUAAAAACUUAAAGCCCGAGUAUGAACAGUUAGGAAAUUUCACAAGAAUGAAUGUGUUCCCUGGUUACAACAUCAACCACAAGAUCAGCACCACCAAAUCAGUAUUUACAGACAAUGUCCAUCUCCAGCGUGUCCCCGAUCCGGACAAAUGGCGCUACCAGCGAGAUGAAUUGAGUACGUGGGCUGAAUUCAACAUUUUGAAUGAACGCAUGAAAAAAAGCUGGAAUGAUUAUUUCACCAAUCUUCCCAAAGCUGAGGCAAACUGGAGUAGGAAUGCUGCACCAAAACCAAAACCUGCACCAAAUCCAGCCAAACCAAAACCGGUUAAAAAGAAACCAAGUCAAAAACAAGAAAACCCUACAAAACCAGAAUUUGAAGAGAUUGUGUUUAAAACACCCCCACUUACUCCCCCUCCUGAUCAGGGAACAGUAUCACUUGCCCCUAAAGCUAAAAAAGACAAUGAAUUCUGGGAUUUUUAUGAUAAAGGAGGUAAAGAUUGAUUUCAUUAAUUUCAUGUAUUUUUUUAAAAUAUGUAAUUACAUAUAUGUAUGUAUCUGUGAUAAAGCAUUAAUUUAUGUGAUGUUUUCAUUUCUUAUCUAUAAGUAAUUUAAGAUUAUGCUUGUGAUUUGAUAUAACGAUUAAGAGAUUCUAUAUUUUUGCCUAAAGUUGAAACUAUAAAAUAAUGUGAUAGUGUUAUAUUUGCUUAAAGUAUAUUCAUUUCUGUUCUUUCAUAUAUUGUGAUGUCAGCAAAUACAUGUAUGUAUUAUUCAAAGGAUUGUUCUUGUUUUCCAAGUGGUAAAUAAAGAAAAAAAAAUGAUAGUUUUACUUUAUUUCAGUUUUCUCUCAACUUGUGUUUAAAAAUCUGAUGUACAAAGUGUCAAACAAGAUGUUUACUUUCAAAAAAACAAACAAAAAACAAGAGGCCUUUCGGCCACAUCGCUAACUUGAGUCAAGGUACCUUGGCCCUGCCAUUGUUCAGCUGUUGUGAUUUUUAAAAGAUUUAUCAAUCUUUAUUCCCAUGAAAAUUUUUGACCCUGUAUUGUGGCCCAAACGAAUCACAACAUAACUGAAAAUGAAUUCACGUAACACAGAGAUGUAUCAACACCAUUAUGACUAACAUAAUCUUGUUGUUUUGGAUAAAACCAAUGUUAUAGAUCAUGAUAUGAUAUGAAAGACAUUUAUAUACAAAAUAUGAAAGCUCUAUCUUAAAUAGUUCAGGAGAUGUCAAACUUCAAGGUCAAACAUCAAAGUAUAUCAAGGUCUUUUCAUAAAGAAUUUAUAUACAAAAUAUAAAAGCUUUACCUUAAAUAAUUCAGGUAAUAUUGAAUAGAUCAGUUUUGUCAAGGUCAUAAGAUCAAAUAUGAUUGUAUCACAAGGUCUUGUCAUAAAGAAUUUAUAUACAAAAUAUGAAAGCCCUAACUUGAAUAGUUCUGAAGAUAUUUAACUGGUUGUUUUUUGAAAGUAGGUAAAAUUUCAUGGUCACAGGCCAUAGUAUGAAAUUAGAGGUCUUGUCAUAAUAAAUAGGAGAUAUAGAAUAGGUCAGGGUUUUUUUAUAACGUAGGUUAAACUCCAAGGUCAAACACCAUUGUGUACAAUGUCUUGCCAUAAAGAAUCUAUAUACCAAAUAGGAAAGCACCACCUACAAUAGUUCUGGAUAUAUUUAAUAGGUUAUGUUUUCUUAAAAGUAGGUCAAACUUACAAAGACAAAUGUCAUGAUAUGAAAUAAAAGGUCUUGCCAUAAAAAUAAA